AUGAAGAAAUGCGGCAAGCACAGACUAGAGGACCAUAAAGACGCAAAAUCACCUAUUCAAAGCCUAAUUUGUGACCCGAAAUGCGCCAACAUAAUUAAAGUAUUUUGCCGAGGGUUUGCUUGCGAAGAAUGUAGGAUUUAUCCAAGGCCUAGAAAUGCAGGAAAUCCAAGACUUUGGGUUAGGGAGCAUGGCAGUACUGCAGUGAUGCUAGAGAAAGCUAGGCGUAAAUCGCGUGUCACAACCGUCUCUAAAGACUCAGUACAAGACUACCCUACGGAUACUAAUAAAUUGAAUGAAGAGCGAUCUAAAGGUGCCCCUAAAAUCGGUUCUGAAAAUAGUCCACCGGGUGGCGCAAGCGAUUCCCUAGAUAGCUUGGAGGGCAUAGAACCGCAAUUCUGGGAUAACAAGAAAGAAAUGGUUCUCACGAGGUUGAAGAAGAACGUUAACAAAGAGUGA